AUGGCGGCAGCCACCGAAGAUUUCGGCAGUCAUGACAAAACUCCCUCGCCGAUGGUAAUGGAAGCUUCCACAACCGAGCCGCGGGUGUGUCGUGAACCAGACCAAGACUGGGAGCGUCCGGGCAGGCUCAUUCAUGACUAUCUCGAAAAGAACUCUCCGGAGUUUGUCAAAGUCCGCGACUUGCGCAAGAAGGUUCGUGACACGCUCUUCGAGAACCAGCGUCGUGUUGCCGAAAAUCCUACCGAUCGGGCUGCGAUAGCUUUCUACGACAUGAUGAAGAGAAUCGGCCAAGAGAUGCAAAGAAACACGGGCGCCCUCAAAGUCAAAACUUCUAGCUGGGGCAAGACACAGAUCCUUGACAUGGGCAUGGCGCCCGGCGGCUUCCUCACGACGGCCAUGUAUCUGAACACAGGUGCACAAGCGAUGGGCUUCAGUCUUCCCGAGUUUGAUGGGGGCCACAGGGUCAUGAUACCCAACAACCUCGAUAUUGAUCGCAGAGACGUCGACGUCACCAUGCUCGCUGCGGACAUGGGCAUCAAUGACAUUCCGGCCGAUCAUCCAGACUUUGCCAAGUUCCUCCCUCGCCAGUUCAUGCCCGGUCAACAAUUCGAUCUGGUCAUCUGUGGAGGAACAGUGGUGCAUAAGCAAGAGCGUGCCUCGUAUCGACAUCAGAGUGAGUCUCAGCGACUGACCACCAGCCAGCUUGCGCUCGGCCUCGAGCGGCUCAGACCCGGCGGAACCAUGGUUGUACUCUUCCACAAGAUGGAGGCGUGGGGCACGGUUCGUGACCUGUACUGUGUUUCUCAGUUCUCCGAUAUCAAGACCUUCAAGCCGACGACUGGUCACAACAAGCGCUCCUAA